GUCUGGUCAUCAUAAUAAUCUUGUAGUGGGAAGUAGGAUGAGGGGUUGAGAAAAAAAGGAUGAGAAGUGCAUAGCGUCAUCGUCGCCCCACCAUCUCCGGCCAGCUUUCUCUCUAUUAUUUCAACGCCCCUCCCCUCAUCUGGCUCUUGGUUCUGUCCUCUUCUCUCCAAACUCUCUCUUCUCUUUCUCUCCAUCGCUUCUUUCGCCUCUACAUCCUACUUUGAAUCUUCUUGAUUGACCGCAAUCAUUGCUAUCAUCAUCCACCAUGUCUUCCUCUCUUGAUCAGCUCAAGGCCAGCGGCACUGUUGUCGUCUGCGACUCUGGUGACUUCGCCACCAUCGGCAAGUACAAGCCUCAGGAUGCCACCACCAACCCCUCCCUCAUCCUGGCCGCUUCCAAGAAGCCCGAAUACGCCAGCCUGAUUGAGGCCGCCGUCGAGAAGGGCAAGAAGGAGGGCAAAACCCUCGACGAACAAGUCGACGCCACCCUGGAUAACCUCCUCGUCCAGUUCGGCAAGGAGAUCCUGAAGAUCAUCCCCGGCAAGGUCUCCACCGAGGUCGACGCCCGCUUCUCCUUCGACACCCAGGCCUCCAUCGACAAGGCCCUGCACAUCAUCGACCUCUACAAGCAGAUCGGCAUCCCCAAGGAGCGCAUCCUCAUCAAGAUCGCCUCCACCUGGGAGGGCAUCAAGGCCGCCCACGUCCUGCAGUCCAAGCACGGCGUCAACUGCAACCUGACCCUCAUGUUCUCCCUCGUCCAGGCCAUCGCCGGCGCCGAGGCCGGUGCCUACCUCAUCUCGCCCUUCGUCGGCCGUAUCCUCGACUGGUACAAGGCUGCCCACAAGCGUGACUACUCCCCCGAGGAGGAUCCCGGUGUCAAGUCCGUUGAGAGCAUCUACAACUACUACAAGAAGCACGGCUACAACACUAUCGUCAUGGGUGCUUCGUUCCGUAACACGGGCGAGAUCACCGAGUUGGCCGGCUGUGACUAUCUGACCAUUUCGCCCAACCUCCUCGAGGACCUCUACAACUCCACCGCCCCCGUCCCCAAGAAGCUCGACGCCGCCCAGGCCGCCGCCCAGGAUAUCCCCAAGCGCAGCUACCUGCACGACGAGGCGACCUUCCGCUUCGACUUCAACGAGGAGGCCAUGGCCGUGGAGAAGCUGCGCGAGGGUAUCUCCAAGUUUGCCGCUGAUGCGGUGACUCUGAAGAAUAUCCUUAAGCAGAAGAUCCAGGCAUAAUUCUUUCGUUUCUUGCCUUUGAAUCUUUGAUUUUCAUCCCUUCUUUGUUACCCUACAUGUUUGAUGCCCUGAUGUGUAAAAAUUUCGUUGUUGUCUUGUCCUAAAUUGGGAUGAUAGUAGAUACGAAUUACGAAUUAUUUGUGUCGUUCUUUUCAUACUUGUAAUUAUUGGUGGUUGGUGUUGCCUGGGCAGUAGGUGUAAACUAUCAGAGAUGAUAUGAUGUGUUGUGUUUGUCUGUCAUUCUGUCAUGGAAUAAUAACUGUUUACACUGGUAUGCUAUGCUAUGCUCUGCUCUACUAGUCAUCUUCACUCUACUAUUAUCUUCUACUUGACUAUAA